CUGCCAUAGCCGCUAUCUCCAUUAUUAUUCUGUAAUGUCGUCUGAAAUGCACACUUCGUCCACGCAGAUGCACUGACCCGCUGCAUUUACAGGAAGCCGAGUGUUGUCGUUUUAUUGGAAUGGAGCGAUGCGUGACUGAGUGGUGUGAGGAGCUGUUGCAGGGUGCAGGGCAAAGCUAAGCUAGUCCCGUUGUUGCUGUUCAUUCAAAGAUGAGCUGAGGUGCAGCAGUGAGGCUCCAUGAACCUGAUACAUUCCUGUGUCAUGAUGUGAGCAAAGGCUGAGGUGCUGUAAACUGGGCCAGGAGGCAGGCAUGGGGAAUAAAAGGAGGAGGAAGGAUGCCAGCUGAGCCCCCUCGUCCUCUCUGCAUCUGCCACUAAGUCUGCCAGCUUCACACUAAAGAACGGAGAGGAAAAUGGCUCAGUCUGUGAGGAGGCCUGAGAUUUUAGGAUCCACCGACAACGAGCCCAAGAGGGACAAGAGCAGGAGCAGCUACUUCGGCAACGUCAAGAGCAGGCUGGGUUCCAAGCUUCCUCCUGGCGUCUCUCAGCCCCCGCAGUUCGCUAAGCGGCCCUGGGAGAACCAGCCUCAGGCCCGAGUCAUGCAGGAAGCCAUAGCCAGCGGCCAGCGGCUGCACCAGCCCAUCGUCGGCAGGCCUCUCAACCACAUCCCCCAUAUCAGAAACCCCAAGCUGCGGCAGUAUUACCUGCAAGGGACCUCAUGGGAUCUGAACAAUCCUGCAGGGAAGCAACAACAUAUGGCCGAACUGUCAGAUGACAGCAGGAGCAGAAGGGGUCUCCAUGGCGAUACAGUGUUCAGCCUCUCAUCUCAUUUCUGCAGCAACGGUUCAUCCUCAGCAGAUUCUAAUGUAUCCUCUGCAUCUGCUGCCCUCAUCGCUAGAGAGCAGCUGGUGGCAGUGAAGGGGAGAAACACCAACUCCACCAAGGACCGAGGAUCGUCCACACCAGAGCUGGAAUCAGGCUCCGGUCCUAAAGAGACGCCACAGGGAGAGACGGACGGAGACUGCUUGGAUCCACUCCCUGCUCCACCACUCUCCCCCUCCCCAGAGGCAGAAUAUGACAAACUGCUGGAUGUGGAGGCGGUACCGCUGCCUGAUGGACAGCUCUGCCUAUUGGCUCUCCCGCCAGAGUGCUGUCAGGGGGAGGGACCAGGGGCCACGCCCUACCUAAAACUUUUCUGCCGCUACAUCACUGACCGCAAGGGUGUCGUUUCUGGGAUCCUGCUGGUGACUUCUAAUAAGAUCUUCUUUGACCCGUGUAAGACUCUCCCUCUGGUGAAGGAGCACGGCUGUGAGGAGUACCUCCUGUCGUGUUCUAUCGACAAUCUGGCAUCAGUCUCCUUUUUCUCCGACAUCUCACACGUUCACUUCAACACCUCCCAGCAGAGGAGAAAAGGAAAGACAUUUUUCCAGAAAUUGAAAUCAACCAAUAGCCAAGCAGGCAGCGUCCCAAACCACAAGGGGGAGUCGGUUCCAGCACUGGUCUCUGCCGUCUCCUCAGACUUGUCCAGUCUGGCUCUGAGCCUGACCAAAGAGGUUUCUGGAGAUGAGGAGUCAGAGAGCAGAGACAUGGCAGAGGAGCUUGAGAGCUGCCCGCUGGAGCUGCUGUCUGAGGCGGCGGUCGGUGGCCUGGGAGAGGCUGUCCUGAGCAGCGCCACCUCCUUCUGCUGUGGAGGUCAAGAGGUGGCGAGUACAAACCUGCUGCAGGCUGAUGACACGGAGAAGAGUCAGAACACAGGGCCUCAUAGGUCAUCAGCAGUUAGUGCUGGCAGUCUGAUGUUUGUGCGCCUGCGGGUUCAGACAUCUGCGGGAAAGAAACGUGAUGUAGGAGAUCUUCCCCUGGGGUCAGCAAAAACCUUACCCAGAAGAGACGCCUGGCUCGCCCUGUCACAAGAAAGCUCAGACGAGCUGUAUGCCUACCUGACACGCUGCCGGCCAGACUUGUGUGUACUUGAGGGAGAGGGGGUUGAGGAGGAGGGGGAAGCAGACCGUGACGAAGAGGAGUUUGUACUAAUCGAGGACAAAGAGGAAGAGGAGGAGGUGUUCCAGAGGCACCACGGCUCGGGGGACGACUGGGAGAUGGUGUUGAUGGAGGAGAACGGGGACAAGCCGACCCUGGUCAUUGACAGGGAACCUGAAGGACUCAGUAAUAUUGUGGAGAGCAGCCACAUUUUGGAAGCAUCACACGUUCGAGAGUUAUGUAAGGAACUUCCCCCCCGGACAGUGAGCCGCACCUGGCAGCUGGCGUACAGUACGUCCCGUCACGGUUCCAGCCUCAAGUCCCUCUACAGAAAACUCAGUGCCACAGACUCACCUGUGCUUGUUGUCAUCAAGGACGCACUUGAUGAGAUAUUCGGGGCCUUCCUCUCUCAUCCUUUGAGGCCCAGCGAGAAGUUCUACGGCACAGGAGAAACGUUUCUCUACAUGCUGCACCCUCGCUUCAAGUGCUUCAGAUGGACGGGAGAAAACUCUUUCUUCAUCAAAGGAGACUUGGACUCAUUUGCCAUUGGUGGUGGAAGUGGUCACUUUGGUCUGUGGGUGGAUGAGAACUUGUACCUGGGCCGCAGCAGCCCCUGCUACACCUUCAAUAACUGCUGCCUCUCAGAGACGGACGACUUCCGCGUCAUGGAGCUGGAGGUGUGGACGUUCAACUAAGCGAGACGCGCGAAGGCGAAGAUUUCUCCUCGACUCACCACGUUGCUGCUGAUCGGCUUCAUCGACGCAGCAUUUAUCACCGAGCAUAAAACACAAGCAGCCGCCCGCUCAUUUCAAGGUGACGUCCAUUUCAAACACAAAAAAACGAACCACAGACUGCUGGAUGUGUCUGUGUGAUUGAGUGCUGUGGCUUCUCAUGAAGUGGAACUGAACAAGGCUGAGUGGGAUCUCAUGCUUUCAGGACUGUUUUAAUGGUUGACUCAUUCCUUUGGGUUCGGAAACCAACCGGAGUUCUGCAGUCGUGAGUCGAGCUUGACUGUUAAUGAAACCGGAUUAGUUGAAUCCUCAAUUUUUGAAUGGAGCGAGUCAGAAGCUGCACUUUGCUCUUAGUGAGAAUCAGUAACUUCAUUAUCUCGUUGUGAAGGUACACCUGUCAUAUGCAUGUCCCCACAUUCAUACAGCUGCAUUUAGUUAAUGCUGAACCUCCGAAACACUUGAGUCCUUUUCAAUUUCUAAACUGCAUGUGUACAGUUCAACAGCCACAUUAUAACAAUCAUUCUCUCAGUCACUGUUCAUUUCUCUGGGUUUUCAUCAUUGACGUCAUAAAAAGAAUCACUAGAACUGAGAAAUAUUUUCCGGUUUUAUAAACAUCUGUACUUACAAUCUUAUAAUCCUCAUUAACGACUAUUCUGAACUCCUUUCAUUUCGACUGAUGACUCACACUCUGUUGUGGUGUAUUAUUACUGCAGAUUAAUGCAAUUUUGUCAUUCAGCUCUUUCUGUCACUUCCGUACCGCUACUUUGCUUACAUUGUACAGUAUUGUAGAUUAGUUAAUAAAAAUCAGCACAAUGUCAACAAUGAUAGAGAGAACACAAUUCAAUGUGUAAAAAACACUUUUAUUUCACCUUGUGAAAAAAUGCCACUGGUAGAAUAACAGGUUUCAAACAGUCAGAUAUUUCACGCUGACAGGACCUUGUAGGUCUGUAUUUUACUCUUACAACGUUAUUCUCAUUAUCAAAAUCCACUGGUACUAAUCAGAUGAGUUUUUUUAAAUUACUGGGUUCUCCUGUUUCACACAAAAUUAGACAUGCUGUGAUAAACAGCUCAUUUUGUGUCCAUGUUGCCAUGUUUUUUUAGGCCUCUGUAGCUGCAACAGCCAGUGGCAGGAGGCAUUCUGUUUUCAGGUUGUCUGCCCAUCUGUCCCAUUCUUGUGAACACCAUAUCUCAAGAACACAUCAAGAACUUUCACUUGGAAACAAGGAUGAACUGAUAAGAAUUUGGUGGCCAAAGGUUAAGGUGACUGUGACCUCACAAGACACAUGAUAAAUCAGGGACAUCUCGAGGGAAUCUUUUAGGAUUUGGCACAAACAUUCACUUGGGCUUCGUCUAAUGUCAAAGGAGACCUCACCAUACACUUGUGAACGUGUAAUCUUAAGAAUGCCUUGAAAGAAUCCUUUCAAGUUUAGCACAAAUGUUCACUUAGACUCACUAAUUAACAGAUUUGAAUGGUCACAGUGGAAUCACAAAAAAUGUUUGGCCACUUGAUAAUGAUAUCUGCCUUUAGGGAAUUACUUCAUAUUUUGACCAGUUGUCACUUGGACUGAAAGAUUAACAGAUUUGAUUUCUGUGGUGAAAGGUCACAAUGACCUCACGUGAGUCCAGAAAAAAAUUAUGUUGACUGAAUUUCACUUAUUGGUGGAUUAAUUAAACCACAGGGCAGUAAUUUGUGUUUCCCCUUAAAAUAUUAAGUGUUUCCUCUUUGACAAAAGACACAAGCAAACAUAGUAGUUUGACUGGAGUGUCAUUGAGAGUAACGACAGAACACAGCACCAUGUGCCUUUCAGUUAAGGGAUCAAACAAUUCUGCAAAACAAAUGACCAUUUGGUUCCACUGAGUUACAUAAAUAUGAAGUAAGUGGACAAAUGCCCAAGCAAAAAAGUUCUUUGGUGUGGUUACAUCUUCCUCUGAACAGAAAACCUGCCAAAUAUCUCAACAUUUGGUUUCAAACUCAAAGAAAACAACAAUCAUAAUCAUCAUCAAUAAAUCACGUGGCGCUACCCUGUUUAAUUUUUCCAGCUGUGUUUGUCCCCAGAGACAGCGACGGUUGUUUCCUCCAGCAGCCUCAGCAACAACAUCAGGCGUCACCCGGCCCAGAGAGAGCUUUCAGGCAAAGUCUUCACAAACUGCUGAGACACAACUGGAGGCGGCACCGGUGCCAUCUGUGGGUAGAAUCAUCAGCAGGAAAAACUCAUUCAGUCGUUAAAUAUUGCACAUGCAGCACCGGGAUAUAAA